AUGGAUCUCCAAGAAUCUACCACGUGGAGCCCGCCAUGGCGGAAAGCAUGCGUGCCAUGUACUCGCGCAAAGCGCCGAUGUGACAAACAUCUUCCAACUUGCCAACGAUGCGUGAAAAAGGAAGUGCCUUGCCAGUACCCCUUGGGUCGCCCGUAUGCCCGCCGAGCCGUUCAAUCGCUAAGAACAGCCGAGAGCUCCGAGUCAAGCCCGCUAAACUCGUUGCACCACCUAAGUGCGGAAAAAACAGUAUCUCCAGGAGAUUUUGAAGUUUUCAACAAUUUAUGGGAAUAUGGUACUCAUGAGGAGCUCCCUGUACCGGACUUUGGCAGUCCCGUGAACAAUGAAACCCAAGUCGCAAGCAGCUCUUGGUUCCUUCAAACAAACACGUGGACUAUUCACUAUAUUGACUCGGUCCGCCAUAACGAGAAUUCUAACGUCCAUGUGUCCGACUUCAAACAAUUUAUUCAGACCGUCAAGAAAUGGCUCUUCCAGUGGGCCCGAGAUACUCACUGUCCGUUCAUACACAGGCAGUUAUAUUCCGAAUCUGGCCUGCCACCAUGUUUGCAGGAUGCUUUCGCAGCCGUGGCCUUAUACCAGUCAAAGAACGACAAGAAUGAAGAGGCCGUUAUGAGAAUUAUCGAAGAAAAAGCCAACAACCUAAUAAAUAAACCAUCAUUUGUCACAGAUUCCGGAGAAGGAGCCCCGUCCUCUCUCCGGACGGUUGAGCAGCUCGGGCGGGUACAAGCGCUCUUCAUAUACCAGUUAAUUCGCUUAUUCGAUGGAGAUAUUCGACAGCGAGCGCAAGCUGAAGCCCUUAUUCCAACUCUACAGGAUUGGAACAAGAACCUAUGGGAAUCAGCCAACUUGGACGCCUGCCUCGAGACCUCGUUUGGUGUCGCCGGCUUAUUCUCUCAAGGCUUAGGGGUGAAGAGCUUGGAUGACCCUUCAGGCCAACAGUGGCGCGACUGGUUACUCGCGGAGAGCGUGCGCAGAAUCUGGCUCAUUGGCAACUAUGCGCAGGGCGUGUACCUGAUGAUGCGAGACCGUCAAACCGGCUGCUCGGGAGCUGUGUUUUUCACGGCGCGUCAAGGCCUCUGGGACGCACAAUCUGCAGCGACUUGGAUGCGGCUUGUCCGAAGUAAAGAUCCGUUGUUUGUGCCCUGCCACGAGACAGAUCUGAUAAUUCCGUUUGUUGAGGCAACAGAGGUCGACGUGCUUUGCUUAUCCAUCAUGUGCAUCAUGUGGGGUGCACCCAGGUUGGACUUUUGGGUGUCUAAGUCAGAUACGCAACUGGAGCUGCUGCUGGGAAAGUGA